AUGUCAGGAAAUUCUGGGAAUCCACCAGGAAACCCAGGCAAUCCAGGCAACUUGCGGAACUUGAGAAACUCCGGAAACUACGACUAUCCUCCUGCCUCACUUCCUCGGCCCCCUCGUACCUAUGACGGUCAUCUCAGUGAACAGUCUUUCCGUGAACGUUAUCCACACACCCAAGAUCUGAUCGACACCUUGAAUUCUCAGCAUAAUCGUUACGCUGCUGAUACGAGUCAGUCACCUUGGCUCCGUUUGAUCGAGAACGUGGGAAACGGUGAAACUACGGAGUCGCUGUCCGAGCUGCUCAGGAUUUCGGAAGAACAUAUGAACCAGGCUGGUGGGACGCCUCGAGAAAACCAACAAGCCACCGUACCCACAAGACCACCUACCGGAGACCGUCUUCAUUACUUGCGAAGUCUCCUUUAUUCCGACAGCAACCGCUCUAACCCCGAGGAAACCCACCGUGCUCUGGAAGCUCUGAAUCGGGAAUUUGAAGAGCAUAUCAUCGAUCAGGUCCGCAAUUUCGGUUCCAGCGGAUCUCGCGCUGAGGAGACAACUUCUUUCACCAUCCCACGCCCCCCACAGAUCGACUCUGCCCCAUCCAGGUCGAACCACAGAGCGCUGUGGGAUCAGGUGCGGGCCGAGUUUGGCCUUGAUGCCCCGAGCCCUCCCCGGACAAACCCUUACCAGGAUUCUCCUCGCCCGACAACAAGCAGCCGAAGUCUUCGCCGUCGGUCAUUCCGUCCUGAUCUGCGAGGCAGCAGCAACCUUAACGACCCGAUCCCCAUUCCACCCCUCAUGCCACAAUCAGCCUCGACUCCAUCAGGCCGUGAUGGCCGUGGACGGUUGAAGCGACGGAAGCUUGAUGCGGAUGAUAACCGAGAGGGCUUCCGGGGCUUCAACUAUGGCCAUAAUGGCCAGGUAGUUUCCGGAGCUCUGAAGAUGGAAAUUGCCAGCUGUGAUGGAGGAACCUUUGACCCCGAUGGAGAUAGCUCGUUCCCGGAUAAUGUUCUCCGGAAUGACCAGUCAGUUUACUGCACCAAAUCCGAUCGCUGCAAUAUUGUCCUUCGGCACCGCGGCGAGGCACCUUUCUGCUUGAGGAAGAUUGUUAUCAAAGCUCCUCGGGCUGGAUUUGAUUCACCGAUCCAAGAGGGAAUGGUAUUCGUGUCUAUGACAUCCGAUGAGUUGCUUGCCCGCACCGCGCAGUAUCAAAUCCAGUACUCCAGUCCCCGCCGCCGCCGUCGCAGUCGCCGAUCAGGUCUGCAGCCAUCACAAGAAUAUCUGACUGCUUUUCGGUCUCCAUUGCAAUCUCUCGAUCGCACCGUACUGAUGGGACCUGCUUCGCAUGCUCCAUCAGAUAACGAAAAUGCAGCCCGAAAUGCAAACGAUCCACAGGCCGACUUCCGCAUCACUACCGAGUACGAUGAGAAUUCAGAGGAUAAUUUGUUCAUGGAACGUGAAGAAGAUGAUGGUCCCUCGGUUGCUGAGCUGGAACGAAUCCAGGAAGAAGAGGAUAUCUGCUCGGACAGUGAGGACAGCAUCAGUGAGGAUGAGGAUCUUGAUGACACCAAUAUGGGCAACGUCCACCGACGCCGCAUCGAACUGCAGCGCCUUCAAUCGAUGCAGAGGCGCCGACCGGCUAGUCUAGUCAACCCAAUCCCGCCUCCCUCGUCUGCCCCAGCAGGGGCCUCUGGGGUCUCGACCAAUGUCGAGGUGUUGAAACCUCACGCACGGUUCUUUAUUGAGAGGGAGAAGAGCAUGGUCAGCAUCAAGUUUGAUCCACCUCCUUCUGGAAGGUUUAUUCUCAUUAAACUGUGGAGCCCCCGGAGUGACGGUAACAUCGAUAUCCAGAGCAUCAUUGCCCAUGGAUAUGCGGGGCCAAGAUUCUUCCCCAGUGGUGGUUUCCGGUAG